AUGGGCUUUGUGGGUCUCGUUCAAUUUUCCCUUCAAUGCUUUGAUGUUCUUGCAUGGCCUCUACUUUCUCUGGUGUAUCCUCUAUGUUGUUCCAUUAGGGCGAUUGAGUCCAAUUCUGUUUCAGAUUCUCAGAAGUUGAAUACUUAUUGGGUUGUCUUCUCAUUGAUUCUGCUAUUUGAACAUGCACUUAUGAAGCUCCUAAAAUGGCUCCCACUGUGGCCAUACUUUAGGCUAAUCAUUGUCUUCUGGUUGGUGAUACCUCAUUUCGGUGGUGCAUUUUAUGUCUAUAAACACCUUAUCUGUCCAUGCCUCUCCACGGACCUCCAAAUUGUUGUCAACUGGUUCAACAAGCGGAAGAAAUCCUCGUUUAACAGCGACAAUGUUUUUACCGAGGUGGAGAGAUAUGCACAGGAGAAAGGACCUGAGGCUCUAGAAAAUGUUGUUGCUUCCAAAUCUGAGAGAACAAAGUCAAAUCCCAAUGCGAAAGAGUUCAAAGCAGUUUCAUCUCUGGAGAAUAAAGAGGUUAGUCAGGCAGAGCCUAAUCUCACUGGAACUGAAAACAGCAGAUUUCCCAGUAUGGAUAUUAAAGAAAAGGCCGUUGCGAUUGCAUCAGAGAGAGGAAUUUUGAACAUUCCACCUUCAGAGAAGGUUCAGGAGUGGACAAGUGCAGUCAGUCAGGUAACGACCCGAAGUGAUACAUCUUUUAACUCCUACCCGGACGGUAAAAUACACGAGGCUGUAUAUGAGAAACUGAAAAUAGAGAACAAAGCUGAAGCUAAGCUCACUCAGAUGGAAAACGGUACAUUUGCAACCAUGGAGACUCAAGAAAAAGUUGUUGAGGUUGUUACAAGUAGAGAAGUUAUUGAGUCUGCCCUACAAGUCCAGAAAGAGUGGACUUGUGCUCUCUGUCAGCUAACGACUCAAAGUGAAGCAACUUUGAACUCCCACCUCCAAGGCAGAAAACACAAGGCAGCAUGUGUGGCACUGAAAGCAAAGAGCCAGCCAAUUGCGCCAAAAAUUGCCCCGGCUUCUACUGCAAAGGAAUCUAAUCAACCUAACAAGGAGCGAGGAAAGAGGACAACGAGCAGUGCAUCAAAACAAAAAGUUAUUGUAGAUGAAAAGGUGCAAAGCCAGAAAAAUAGCACUCCAACUUCAAGGACAAAGACUUCUGAUAAAUCUAAAAAGGAGCCAGCAGAAGGUGCAUCCAUCAAACGGAGGCCAACAACGAAAUCGGAAUGA